CAGGCUACGGUCGCUUCCAGCACCGCAUCUAAACAAAGGUACUUUCAGACGGGUUCCAUGAUUCCUACGAUUUUCAAAGGAUUGGAAUUGAACUGGCAAACCUUUGAGGCCUUGGAACAGCAACCUUAACCGGACUAAACUGAUUACAGGUAAGUGACAAAGACGGAAUACUUCGUCGGCUGGUAUAGGUUUGGCCUUUUUCCAAGUCAUAGUAGACACCCAGUUUGAGACACUUGCCACGGGGAACCCGAACGCUGUAUUAGCUAAUAAAAUAAUCAGUUGCUAUUUGUUAUUUAGUGUGUUUCCUGAGUCUUUAUGAGCCGUUUUGGAAGGGAUUUGAAUCAACUCAGAGACGGUUAACAUUGCCGGUAUCCAUCCAAAACGUGUCCGCCAUUUUGGCUGGCUAACCGGAAACUUGUCAACGUUGCAAAUUUUGUAGUCAAAGAUCCACUGCAUUUGUCAGACCAUAGCCCUAUUACUACUUGGCUGAAUAUUAACAAAAAGACGAGUUACAAUCACACCAUACUUGAAGGAGAUACUUUAACGCGUUUACCGAAACAAUUUCUGUGGGAAAACGACUCCGCUCAAAAAUUCAAGGAUGCUCUGAGGUCUCCCCGUAUACAAACACUAAUACGCGAUUAUAUUGCUGGCGAUACAUUCAAUGAAAGUACUGAGCUAUCCCAAGAAAAGGUGGAAAACAUUUUAAUCACAACGGCUAAGUGUUGUUUAAAGAUAAGAGCAGGUAAAACGCGUAAGCGUAUCAAAUCAUUAUCAAACAAAAAAUGGUUCGAUAAAGAAUGUCGUUUGAAAAGGCAUGAAUUACGAAAACUAGCAAACAAGAAACAUCAAGACCCUUUGAAUACUAUCAUACGUGAGCAAUGCCAUGAUACUCUGGCUCAAUACAAGAAAUUACUUAAUUUUAAAAAGAAUGAUUAUUACAAUGCCAAGAUUUCUGAGCUAGAAAAAACUGGAGACAAUUCAGACGCGAAAACUUUCUGGCGAUGCCUCAAAUGGAUGGACGACACUAGAAAAGGAGAGGAUGUUCCAUCAAUGUCGGAGUAAAAUUGGCUACAAUAUUUCCACAAUCUUCACUCAAAUGAAUCUCUUACCCAACGCAGCAAAACAUUUGCAAUGAAUCACGACAAAAUGAAUGCCAUGGUCAACACUCUCGUCCUUUAGAUUUCAUGAUAACUGAAAGAGAAAUACGUAACGCCGCGGAAAAGUUAAAGAAUAAUAAAUCACCAUUUUCGGAUAAAAUUAGAAAUGAAAUGAUAAAAGCUAGUAUUGAUACACUGAUGCCGGUAUAUGAAAAAUUAUUCAACUCAAUUCUUAAUCAACGGACAAUGCCACAGACUUGGUCUGGUGGUCUUAUUACUCCCAGUUAUAAAUCGGGCGGACGAAGCGAUCCGGCAAACUACCGGGGUAACUGUGUCUCCAGCUGCCUGGGAAAACUAUUUUGUUCUAUCUUAAACCAACGACUUCUCGAGUAUAUCGUUUCUUUGAAUAUACUCCACAAAUCUCCAAUUGGCCUUUUACCCGAUAACCGCACAGCAGACCACGUCUUCACUCUCCGAACCUUGAUAGAUAAGUACGUUCACAAUCACAACGAAAAGAUCUACGCUUGUUUUGUAGAUUUCAAAAAAGCUUUUGACUCGGUCUGGCAUGACGGGCUCUUGAAUAAGCUGCUGCAAAUUGAUGUUGAUGGUUCUUUUUAUAACUUAAUUAAAAGCUUAUAUCACAACUCUUCCUGCUCAAUUAAAAUUGCCCAAAAACAAACGCGAUCAUUCAGUUAUGCGAGGGAUGUACGGCAAGGCUGUAUCUUAAGUCCACCACUUUUUAAUCUUUAUAUUAACGACCGACCUUUCGCGUUUGAAAAUACAUUAUCGGAUCCUUUUGUUUUGCCAAACGGUGCAAAACUAAAUUCUCUAUUAUAUGCAGACGAUUUAAUCAUUUUAUCACGAUCCAAAACAGGACUACAAAAGUGCCUCGAUAAACUAUCUUCAUUCUGUACUUCAUGGAUGAUGAAAAUCAAUCCCAAGAAAACAAAAAUUAUAGUUUUUCAGAAACGUGCGAGAAAAAAAAUGCUGAUUUUCACUUUCUCAUAGAUAGUCAAAUGAUUGAUGUUGUACAAGAGUACACUUACUUAGGAACUCGAAUGUCCUCAUCGGGAAAUUUUUUCAGUGUCACGUGAACAUCUCAAGGAGAAAGCUCUUCAUGCCCUCUUCAGCUUGAGACGACACACGAACCUUAGCAAACUAAAAGCAGCUCUUGCCUGUAAAAUAUUUGAUACUAUGAUCUCCCCUAUUCUAACAUAUAACAGUGAAAUUCGGGAUGUGUAUGCCAAACCAGAUUUUAAGACCUGGGACGGCUCACAAAUCGAGAAGGCACACCUUCAAUUUUGUAAACGAUACUUGGAGGUAAACAACAAAGCUUCUAAUAUAGCUAGUAGAGCAGAGCUUGGUCGUUUUCCUAUAAAUAUCACAAUUCUCGAGUACAUUUUAUAUAUACAGUCUAAAGAUGAUGAAUCUCUCGUCAAACAAGCAUUUUUAGCUGUUUUUAAUGUUAUUCCACGUACACUGUAAUGGCAAAAAUAGCUUCCACUCUCAUUUAAUGAAUAUUUCAGAAUACUUCAAGCUUCGUGACUUUAACCCUGAUUUAUUAGGUAUAGCUAUGGUAAAAAGCUAUGUAAGUUCAAUGAAACAGUAAUAUAUCUCAUAUUGGCAAAACACCCUUCAACAUUCUCAAAAACUUGAAUUUUAUAGAUCUUUUAAAACCUAUUAUGCCUCCUCUAGUUACUUAGACUUAGCAAGAGGAACAGCUGGGAGAAGGGUUUGGUAAAACUACGAAUAAGCAAUCACAAACUAAUGACAGAAAUAUGCAGAUACAAUCAAACUACGAAGGAUAAUAGGCAUUGCCGUUUUUGUGGAUGCAAUGUAAUAGAAGACACGUAGAAGACGAAGUUCACUUUCUUUUUCAAUGUCCUAGAUACUCUAUGAUUAGGUAAAAAUUUUACUAUAAAGUCAAGACUCUGAUUCCAAAUAUUACCCAGUUACCUAUAAACGGUUUGAUCAAUGAACUGAUGAACUCUUCUGAAUACUUUAUCAAUAUACAAUUCAUAAAAUAUAUUUCAGGUUGUUUUGAUGUUCGUGACAAAUUAUUAUCAAAGUAACGUAAUUGCCCUAUGCUGUAAUUUUGAUUCCUAAACAUAGCUUUUGCAAUACUGUAUGUGUUUGUAUGGUCAUGCAAAUAAAGCUCGUUGUUGUUGUCUUCCUUAAAGGAAGAUUUCCUUCUUUUAUAGGCACCCUCCCGCGUUUAAUUGAGGCAUUGGCAUUAGCAUUAGUCCUGUUCAGAAGUUUUCCUCACGAAUAUUAUAUUCCAUGAGUCUCAGCGCCAAUAGCGAUGUACUGAACGCGUUCACAUUAUACUUGUAGGUCUUGUACUCACUUUGUAGAGACUGACGCAUUUCCGUCUCACCUGAUCAGUUUACAUAGUCGUUUUUAGUGAUGUUUAUGAAAAAAAUGUUAAGAAAUUAUUUGGGGCAUUUAACGCCUGCGUAGCAGGCGCUUGGAAGUAGUGGGCGUAAGAAAGAACGGGCGCGCGAGUGGGAGAAGGAGCGCCUGCCCGGGAAGGCCCACGGAAAUCGUUUCAAUUAGCAUUCUGUGAGUGCGGAUAUUUCCAAUUGGUUGAGAGGCUCCCGAGGGGGAAAGUAACCGCGCUGGGUCAGAAAACUGUCAAUCAAUAGUACAUGAUAAAUAAUAAAUUGAAAAUUUCUAUAGUGCUUUUUCCAGAUGUGAUCAAAAGCGCUUUACAAAAAUUUCAUAUAAAAUUAAAUACAAUAUUGAAUGGAGAAAAAGUAAAAAAUAAAAUUUAAAGAGAUUCGUUAAAAAGAAAGGUCUUGAUUGAUAUCUUAAAACUAUCUUAGGAAGCAAAAUUUCUAAUAUCAGCAGGCAGUUUGUUCCAAAGCGCAGGGGCAGCAGCAGAAAAGGAGCGAGCACCAAGUGUAGGCAGCAUUUACGGUGUAGGAGGUAGCAGCAGAGUACUAAUUGUUUGAGCGGAGACCGUAAGUAGAUUUGGGUUUGACAGUUAUAAGUUCACCGAUGUAGGGAGGAGAGAGACCGUGAAUAGCCUUGAAAGCGAGAAGCAGGAUCUUGAAUUGAAUUCACUUUAAAACAGGUAGUCAGUGAAGUUGUCGCAGUGCAGGAGUUAUAUGGCAGAAUUUACUAAAGUCAAGAGCAGUGCGAGCAGCUGCGUUCUGUACACUCUGUAAUUUUGAAAUUUGACACUGCCGGAGGCCAUACAUGAGACUAUUGCAGUAGUCCAGCCGACUUGUGACAAACGUAUGGAUAAGAGUUACUAGACAGUCUUGUGUCAGGUAUUUUCCGAUCCUUCUGAGGUUAUGCAGAUCCAGAACUGCAUACUUAUACCAAUAUUUCGGAAGGCACGGCCUUCCUUCUUCAGGGUCUUAAAUGCAUACAAUGAUAAGGUUAAGCUAAGACGCUACAAUUUGAAAUAAAGAAUAGCGUGCAGUAUGAUACUGUGCAGUAUGAUACACGUAAAAAGUUAAAUAAGAAAAAAGUGAACAUUAAAAGUCUAUGAAAACAAAAACCGCUGAAGAAGUGAUAUGAAAGGAAUUUGAGAUGUAAAAAUAGUAUAAAUAUGAAUGAUUACGAACGGAAGAAAUAAGAAAUGUUAGAUUACAUUUCAUCAAGAGAGGAUUUAUGCCUCUCUAGCUUUUCGUACACUGUUUCCAUCAGAUUUAAUGAGUUCUAGUGGAGUAAGUGUGAUGUCGUUAGCAGAGUGAUCAUUAGUAAGAAAGUGUUCUGACACUGUGGUGGGUUUGGAAAUAUUAGAUUGGUUGUCAACUGGUCUGAAGUGUUCGUUGAAACGGUCUUUGAGUCGUAGCUUGGUUUCACCUAUGUAUUAUUUGGAGCAGUGGUUGCAUUGUAUCAUGUAAAUGACGUUUUUUGAGUUACGCUUGAUGUGAUGAGCGAUAGGCCUGGUUUCGCCUGUAGAGUGGAAUGUAAAUGAAGUUUGUCCGCGAGAUAUGCAUUUGCAAGUAAGACAGUUUUUUCCGCAUGAGUAUGAGCCCCGGGGCUGGUUGUGUUGAGUGGGAUUGCGAAGUUUGGCCCUAACUAGAAAAUCACUGAGGUUAUUACAACGUCUAUAAGCUACAAUGGGUGCAGCUUUAAAGACGUUAUAGCAACGGGGAGAUGAAAUAAGGAUGCGAAAAUGUUUGCGAAUAAUGGACGAGAUGAAACGAAGGGCUGUGUUGUAGGUGAUAACGAAGGGAACACGUUCUGGUUUGUCCAGUGUGGCGUAAUUGCUUCUGUCCUUGUGAUAUCGUAACUCGUUGUAUUUCCUGUGAAGGAAAUACCGAUUAUAGCCACGUUUGUAAAGAUAGUCAAUAAGUUGAUUGGUGCGGAGUAUGAAGGUCUCGUUGUUAGUACAAAUGAGGCGGAGUCUGAGAGCUAGACUGAAAGGAAUAGCACAUUUGGUAUGUACGGGAUGACAUGACGAAUGUAAUAAGUCUUGGUGUUUGUCGGUAGGUUUGGGAUAUUUAGAAUUUUUUUCGCAAUAUUUAUGGUGUGGCAGAGGGGGGGGGGGGGGGGGGGGAAUAGAGGGAAAUUAUCAGGAAUUCCGGAAAACAUAUUGGUGUCUAAUCUUUCUUUAAACUGCCUUCCACCUUUUUCCGUAAAAGAUAAUUGGGAAAGAAAAACAAUAACAUUAACAGUUUUACACAAAAGAGUUGUUUGGGCCCCAGUUAUAUUUUUCGCAAUAUUUAUGGUGUGGCAGAGGGGGGGGGGGGUGGGGAAUAUAGGGAAAAUAUCAGGAAUUUCCGAAAACAUAUUGGUGUCUGAUCUUCCUUUCAACAUCGUAUCAUCUGUUUCCUGAAAAGAAUAUCGUGAGACAAAAGCAAUUACAUUAACAAUUUUGGCACAACGAGCUGAUUUGCGCCCAAUGAUUGUUUCUCAUCAAAUGGUAAUGCCGUCGAUCUAAGUUCAAGUCCCGCUUUCAGGUAGUCUUCGGUGAUGCUAAGUUUAUUUGCCCUCUGUGCUGGCAUUUUAGCAGUGGGGUUCACUGAUUGUUUAACUCCUUAUCUAUGAAAAACUCUCUUACAUGGCAUGAUGGCAUGUAUUUUUUUUUAAAUUUUUCCUGUGUAUAAUUUGGCUGUGAAUGUUUGGGCCGAGUCGCUUACAAUGAUCCUGUUAUCGUUCGAUAAAAUGCUAGGAGAGAUAUCCCAUUUGGAGAAACAUUUUUCCCAACAUUUUGUUUUGCGCAAUAAUGUCUGAAAAUAGAGCUAGCCAUCAUCUUCCAUUAUGUCUGCGUGAAGUGACAAAACGCAAUGUAGUGUUAAAAACAAAAAUUGAAAUUUCCCUCGUGUUUCAUGUCUUUCAGUUUCAGACAGGAGAUAAAAUCACCACCAUCGAUAUAUCUUCUUGUGGCAUUGUGCCUUCCUAUUCCUGUUGUGCGCAACAUUCAUUUGAGGUAUGUACCAAGCGAUUUUUUAUCUCUUAGUUAUUUGACCUCUUGGAGGGGGGACGGGGGUACAGAAGGGUGAAUCCCCCUCCUCCCUAAACUUGGUUUAAAAAUUGGCGAAGGGCAAAACACGACUCCUGCAGUGAGUCGUAAAGGAAGUUAUCUGACCCUAAUAAAUUCGCCUCUACACCAUACCCAACGAAGAGGGCGUAACCACGUUAUGUCACGCAUGAAGAUUUUCACUGCGAGAAAGCCCCUAUAUACCUACCAAGUAUCUAAGAAAGAUACUCUUUCUUAUAUUAACAGAAAACUCGCUCCAAUUUUGUGGUAGCAACUACCUACAGACCCAUGGAACAGCCAUGGAAACACGGAUGGCUGUUGCUUUCGCUAACAUCGUCAUGGCCAGAAUAGAAAACCAAAAAUUGAGACAGAAAUGUAUUGAAACGUACAAUGGGUACCAGGGGAUUUUUCUUGCGUGCAGUAGGAUGCUUCGAUGUCGCAGGCCGACAGAUCUUCGGCCGAAGGCCGAAGUCGCGAGCGGCGAAGCCGCAAAAAAACUAUAAAAACUUUACCGAAACCGAAAACCUCCCAUAAAGAAAGACUCAGAUACCCGCCCAGGUAAACCGCUGUUUUGGAAAAGAUAUAUUGAAGAUGUGUUUUCCUCAUAGACAAGUCUAGACAAAAUAGAGAGCAUCGUGGAAAAAAAUACUAUACUAUACUAUACUAUAAAGUUCAAGGCUGAGAUGUCAGAAGCAGAGAUCACUUCCUUGGACGCAAAAGGGCACAAAGGGGUUAGAUUCAACAAGAAAUAAAUCCUAAAGGUGCAAACACAUUACAGUCGUUACAAACUAACAGAAACCUUUUAGUACACGAACUUCUACUCGUGUCACCCACCAGGCGUGAAGAAAGGCUUCAUUAAAGGAGAAGCGCUCAGGCUUUUAAGGACUAAUGAGAAAACAACCAGCUACGCGAAAUCUUUAAAGAGCCUCCACUCAUAUCAUAUCGCAAGGAAAAAUUAAACCCGGGCAAAAGUAUUUUCAAAAUCCGCCGAUCCGAUCGCCUAUUCACUCCCCUCGAAAGGACGUAUUAGUUAGAGCGAAGCUCUGAACAGUCACUUAAUAGUAUCUCAUAGUAUACUGAUAUGUUUUUCCCCUUUAAUUAUGUAAAUCCAUUGUAUAUGUUAUUUUUAAGAUGGAUAAAUAAAGCUUAUUGUUAUUAGAUAACUUCCUCAACGACCAGCUGAGUCGAAGGUGUCGUGUGUUGCCUAGUUGCCAAUUUUUAAACCCGGUAGUCUGAGAUGUGUCAAAGUUUGAUUCCAUGCUUUCGCGGUAAGUCUACCAAGGGAGUCUCAGGAGACCCAAGGGGAUCGAGGUGUACGUCAAAUUCCCCGUUUCCCCUUCCCUUUUCAUUACGCAAGUUAAAAAAAAAGCACAAAAAUUAUCUUGUCGUUGAUAUCUCCCUACGCCCAACUUUUCAUUUUCGCGCCGAUUUCUCCAUCCUCCCUACUUUUUCGGGCCAUUUCUUCUUCCUCCUGUUCUGUUCCUCUCUCUUCUUCAUGUAGCUCAGUUAAAUCGCGCAACCGAAGGCUAUCACUUUCACAAAUCGUCGAGUUAUUGAGCAAGGAGUUUUCAGGUUGUUUGUCUAAAGAUCUUCAUUCAUUGAUUCUGAAAAUUAUUCCUUUGUUGUAAUUUACUUGGCUGAUCGUCGCUGAUUUCGAAUUUUCUUGGAAAAAUUUAUCAACAUGUCAUCCUCUUUCCCCUGGUAACGAGGUUGUCCGGCGAUACAUCCUGGUCUAUGUAUAACAGGUGAACAGAAGUUGGAAGUAUUUAAGAAGGCAGUAAUGAUGUCUUAGCGUCAUUAACGCGAUAUUACAGUAACAUUGUAAAACAACCAGAAAUGCGUAAAAUGUCAUAAUUAAAGUUCGACUGAUAUUUUUAUGAAAAUGACAUUCAUGUUACCCAAAGAACGUUUCGGUAACACUCACAUUAAACUCCACCCAGUUUCAGCUGUUUCAGCAACUCCGGCAUAGGCAUCGCCUGUUUCAGACAAAUGACGUCCGAAACUGAAAAACAGUGCCGGCUUUCCGGAACAGCUGAUCUUUCGCCUUCAAUACUGGGGCCUUAAGGCUUCGAAAAUUUCGCUAUCUCUAGUUUUCUUAUAAUCAUUGAUCCAAGGUUUUUCGAUUUGCCGCCCUUUUGUUGCAGAUCUUAGAUGAAUUUCCUAACGCAGAAAACCAAACAGGAUAAUUAAUUGUCUAAAACAGCCAAAUUGUGAGAGAAAAUAAUCUUUACUCUGCCAACUUCCUCUUUACUUAAAUAAGUACUAAUUAAUAUGUAGUUUUCAAUAUAUUGUUUGUGUAUCCAUUUGUCUGUGAACCUUAUCUACUUACCUUUUUUGCCUCGAUUUCAUGGCCCUCGAAUCGAGGCCCUUUUGGUCGCAGCCAAUCGAAAGUAAACUCUUUAUCCUCUAGAACACUCGACCACGUACGUCGAUAAAGGGCGCUGUGAAAAACUUAAGGCGGAGAAAUCCUUUUUCGUGUAGAAAGCCUGGUUUUCGCAAGGGAAGUAAAGGUAAAAAAAAAUUCUCCUGAAUUGAAGAGAUACGAUUCUUGGAAUAUCUGGGGCAAUUCCUGGAACGCUACGCACGCUACGGUACAUAAAUUUGGGGUUUUAGCCAAAUUUGUAUUCAGCCAGGCUUUGUUGUAUUUAUUUAAGUUAAUUGAUAAAUUGCUUUAGUUAUUAAGAGCUUUUCUAGAACGUGCAUGUAACGCACAGUUCUUGGCACUGUUAAUAGCAAAUAUCACUGAAAAAUGGAAAGAAAUUGCAACUGAUUCAAACCGCUUGAAAUGUCACGCUUUACUCGCAGCACUUCACCUUAGCUUCCACUGGAAACUACUAGUUUGCCAGCGCUCGUCCUCUUAAAAAAUACUCCGCCGAAGACAGAAAAAGAGCGGCCGAAAAUUAAGUUUAUUUUUACAAGUUUACAGAUGAGUUUUUAGAUUUGAAGAUGAUCCCUACAGAAUAGUCAAUAUCAUGAAAUAUGUCAGAUAUAUAUCUCGAAAGUAGUUAUUAAUCCAUUUAGAGAUUUGGAUUUAGUGUGCGGAAAUUUCUGCUUUGUGAAGGUGUGCUCCUUAAUUUCUCUAGAAUUUUAUUCCAAUAAAUGUUGUUUUGGGAAAGGUUUGAACCCAGGAGUCAUUUCAAAGGUAGGUUGAGUUUGAGUCGUCCGGGUGAACGUAGUCCUGAAUAGGACUGUUGUUGUUGACAGUGAUUGACGUUUCAACAACCUGUGCGGUAUUCAUCUUCAGAGUUAAAGUGAGUUGUAUCACGUCAGUUGAUGGCAUUAUACUCGAGUUAUUGAUCUGAUUGGUCAAUUAUGUCGCGAUGUUAUUGGUCGUCUGUCAUGAUCAGUUAAGCCGUGAUGUUAUUGGCUAUGAAGACUCGUAAUCAGUAAUUGGUGCGUUUCGAUCCGUCUACUGUCACAGUUAAACAGUCGCCUAUUGUUAGUCAAAUUGUCAGUUCUCUAGUCGUUCUCUCGUAGUUAGUUUUGCUUGAUCUCGUCAAUAAGUCGUUUGCACGGCGCUGGUAACUGUUGGCUACGAUUCAGUGGCGUUUGUUCUAAGUUAGUAAACCAGCUUUCUAAAGUAAGACGUUGAUAGUAGUCUGUAGAAUACGCUAAACAUGUCACAGAGUCCCAGUCAAUUUGAUGUUUCGUCUGUAAAUGGUGCUCAGCAAUGUGAUUGUUGACGUCAACAUUCCUCGUCGCUCGUUUGUGUUCGGUCAGUCGCGUGCUUAGGUUUCUGCCGUUUUCAGACUUAUAACAAAACCCGCUUAAUACAGAUACCCCGUUAAUACGGACACUUUCUAUGGUGCCCUAAGUGUCCGUAUAGAGAGUUUUCACUCUCGUAGCCAGCAUCUAUGCAAAUUUGUUGGAACAAAAGGAGGCGUUUGUAUAAGAAAAGAGUUCAACUCCCACAGGAUUUGUGUGGGACACCAACAUGGCCGCCGUUACAUUGUUUUGGGACACCAAUAUGGCCGCCGUUACAUUGUUUUGGGACACCAAUAUGGCCGCCGUUACAUUGUUUUGGGACACCAACAUGGCCGCCGUUACAUUGUUUUGGGACACCAACAUGGCCGCCGUUACAUUGUUUUGGGACACCAAUAUGGCCGCCGUUACAUUGUUUUGGGACACCAACAUGGCCGCCGUUACAUUGUUUUGGGACACCGAUAUGGCCGCCGUGACGUCAUGUGAAAAAACACUCUAUUAACGCCCGGAGUAGUCAAUCGAUGAUUAUCGGUAUCGAUUUGUCAAUCGAUGAAUCAAUAAAAAUCGGUAAAUCUGAUUUGAUUGAUAUCGAUUGUAUCGACCAAUCGGUAGAAAAAGAUGACACACUCGAUUUAUCUUGAUUUUUACCGACUUCAUCAAUUUGUAUCGCAAGAUAUAUAUCAGGGGCACCCAACGUCAAUUUUCGGAAAAUAUCUGUUCGGAAGACGAUUUGAGAUCUAGAAUUUUCGGAACAUUUGUUGUAAAUUUCUUGCUUGCCUGCCUCUCCUAGGAUUUUCGAACAUCUAAAAAAGGGUAUAAUUGCCCAUUUUUAACGGAUUUUUACCCUAAAAGGAUCACCUAGAAUUUUCGGGAACCUUUUUACUGGCUGAAAUUUUCGAAAAGGUAAGUUUCGAUCCCUAUAAUUUUCGGAUCACUAGACUUUCAGCUAGGAAAUCCGAACAGAUGAAAAAUUUUUAGGGGAUAAAAACAUGCCUAUAUCUAUCGUUUAAAUACUAAAAUACGUUUAACAAUGCUAUGUUUAAGUGGUUUUGAACUACAUUCUCGUUGGGUGCCCCUGAUAUAUGUUUCAUCAAAAAAUGAAAACUGAAUUCAUCCAACCAGUGAAUAAGCUUUUCUAUAAAACCAGGUUUAAAAUCUUCUGAUGGCUGAUAUUGGCCACUGAGGUUUGUAAGCGCCCAGUUUUUCAUGAUUUAGACCUCCCACCCUUUCAAAAUAACGUUGGGGUAGUUCCGGGUGUAGUUACAUCCCGGAAUAGUCAAUAGAUGUUAAAUCGACAUCAAUAAAAAUCGUUAGUAAUCAAGUGAUUUUUAUCGAUUCGAUUGAUAACGGAAAACGGUGAAAAUCUACUUAGAGAAGUCUUUAAGCCUGAAUUUCAGACAUUCCUUCUGCUCGAGGGGAUGUCUGAAAUUCAUGCUAGGAAAUCCCUUUUAUCUAAGGUUGUAUUUCUGGUGACAUUUGCCUGCAAAAACUAAAUGUAAUCAGCUGUGUAAUUAACCGAACCGUUUUGUUUUUGAUAUUAUGUACAAAAUAAAGGGCUUCAGAGAGAAACGUGUGUGUAAUUCUUUGCACAUUGCUCAUUUUUAUGUUUGUUGAUCAGAUGUUACUCAACUGCACUAUCUAACUUAUAACUUCCGUUAUAAAUCGUUAAAAUCAUAUAAAAUGGAUAAAAUCGUCGAUUUGACUCAGCAAUUUAGUUGAUCGAUUUUUACCCAUUACUGUUAUUAAUCGAUAAAAAACACUUGAUUGCUACCGAUUUUAUGGAUACCGAUUUUUAUCCAUUGACUACUCCGGGAUUAACGGGGUUUGACUAGGCCUUGGCGGAUUGUGCUCCUAAAAGUGGCAUAUUAUACUGCUAGCAGUGAUGAAAUUUUGCCAAAUUAUGCCAAAAUUAUGCCAGAAUUCCCAAAUUAUGCUCCAGAUUUCCGAAAUUAUGCUCACAAAAUGACGUAGAUUCUGUAUAUAUAGGCGCGCAAUAAAUAACGACACCAAAUUAUGAUGUUUUUCAAAUAAACUGUUGUUGUAAAUUUAUUUGUGUUUUAUGGCAGUUUGUCUCGGCCCUCAACUGUCCGAAUUAGCUGCUCGCAUCUCUGAACCGUUUGUAAAAUGCCUUCAACGACUUAACGAUCACACUUGCAUAUACUGACUGAACCAAAAGAAUAUAGUACUCUCUUGAUUUAGACUAACUCAAACUAUAGCGAACUAUAACGUUGAAAGUAUCAAGCCACGAAGUAAAUCAACUUGUCUUGACAGUCCUGAGUUCUUUCAGCACCUAUAAUUGCUUGAAUAAACAUGUAUAAUAAUAGUAUACACAAGUCAACAGCAGCGCUUAUUGUACUGCAACAUGGAGAUAGUCUGCCAUAGCGCUGUCCUGCUGAUCGCUGGAAUGCCGCUGAGAGUAGGGAGAAGGCUCGCUCAGCUGCAGCAGACUGGAAGGCUGCACCAAUAGAACCUGCUUCACUGCGGCUGAUUUAAUUUAUUUCUGUAGAAAAUACACCAUAUUUACUAAAUUUUAUGCAUUUGUGCUCCAAAAAGUGCUAAAAUUUGCUAAUUAUGAAGUGGCAGUGCUUGUUUAAAAAAUUAUGCUCUUUUGCUCCAAUUAUGCCAAAAAUUAUGCUAGCACAAUCCGCCAAGGCCUAGGUUUGACUGUAUUUCAAAAUUAUCAUAUCAUAGCUAAUUUGUAACCUUAGAAGUUAGUGAUUCAAAUAUCUCUAAACAGUUUACCUGUAUAUUCACCACGUAAAGGUAAGUGUCCUAUGUCCUAUGGCCUAUGUUGCACCGCGUCUUAGCGUCUUUUGCAGCCAACGUCACUAAUUUAAUUAACGGAAAUGCUUCGUGCAAAAUUCUAUUUACCAGGCAUCAACCGCCGCAUUUACAUGGAAAUAAAUUACAAACGUCGUAAAUUGGCCUUCAUGCUCAAGAAAGAGUAUUCUUUUUAGAGAACUGAUUCUCCAAUCUCAGGGGAAGAACGAGGAGCAUUGAAAAACACUCCAAGAAGGAAACAUCGUUGAUAAGAUUAAAGCACAGCAACACAAAAAAGAUGCCAAACCGUCGAAAAACUUCAAACAAUAUGAUGGUAGACAAGAUUGCCUGGUGAGCAGCGAAGAUGCAGAACGACGCGAUUGAAGACAGGACCCUUCCCAUUGUAGCGGUCAUUGAUAAAUCCGAAAAAUACAAAGUCCACGUGAGAACCGCCCUUUCUAAAGAUGUCUUAGAUGGGGUCAACGAUCUUCUAAGUUGGGAUUUUCUUGGAGGGCUUAAAAGCCUUAUCAGCGUGGCUCUCAACGGGUUUUUGGGCAACUCUUCAACUGGCGAAACCGAAAAGAACGAUUCUUAUGUCAUUCUUCGCUAACAACAGCCUUCUGUGGCUCAGGUGAAUUCUUACCCGCCCCCCACCCCCCCCCCCCCCUCCUUAACGCCUGCUACGCAUUCAUCGGGUGUUAUUGACCUUUCGACUACCCGCGGAUAGAGUACUAAAGUGAUGACGUCAUAAAAAUGAAAUUUCUGAAAUUAUGGGAUUUGUCAGGAUAUUCUGAAAGAGUAAUGUCCAAAAGGCCUUCUUGCCAAAAAUGAGCAUUUCGCAGCAAAUUGUCUCUGAGAUCGUAGCCCAGUUAUACUCAGAAAACUCCAUACAAACCCUUCUAAUUUUUUUUUGGGUCGACCCAAAAAAAAUUUAGAAGGGUUUGUAUGGAGUUUUGUAAGCAUAACUGGGCUACGAUCUCAGAGACAAUUUGCCCCCAAAUGCUCAUUUUUGGCAAGUAGGCCUCUUGGACAUUGUUCUUUCAGAAUAUCCUGACAAAUCCCAUAAUUUCAGAAAUUUCAUUUUUAUGACGUCACACUUUAGUACUCUAUACCCGCACUAUAGAAUGUUUUCAAAUGACGUCACGGCGGCCAUAUUGGUGUCCCAGAACAAUGAAACGGCGGCCAUGUUGGUGUCCCAAACCAAUCCUCUGGGGGUUGAACUCUUUUCUCAUGCAAACGCUUUCUUUUGUUCCAAUAAAUUUGCAUAGAUGCUGGCCACGUGAGUGAAAACACUCUAUAAAUAAACGAGGCGGCAGAUUAAGUUCAGGCCGGCCACGUGACCAGCCUCAGAUCUCAAAGCAAGACAGAGAACCCUCGAACGAGAUGAGUCAUGCAAAAAUUAGUCUUCUGUAGUGGCGUCGAAGCCACGUUUUAGGAUUGUUGUGCAAGCCCGUAGAAGUGUGGAUGUAAAAGGUAAUAAGUAGUUGUUAAUGCGUGUAUAAAGAAGGGAGAAAGAGUACUAAGCAGGCUAGGGAAGGUUGGAAAAAUCUUUUUAGCUUUAUUGUAGUCAGCUAUUUCAUGGUAUAGAAUUCCAAAUUCAAACAAGUCAAAUUGUCUAUAUUAGAUCUCUCUACUGACUAGAAGUUAAUUUAGAACAAGCUUACUUCCUAUCUGAAUGCUCAAGAGAAACUAUAUCCAUUGUGAGCGCCUAAAAACGUCAGGAGCGAGCAAAGAUGAGAUUUUCGCAAAGAUACGAAAAUUGUAGUUUACAAUGUUUGAGGCUUCCAUUUUAAAUUAAGCUGAAAUUGUCGAACAUAAUGUUUCCUGUAAAAAUGUUAUUAUUCUCUAGUAACCUUGGAACAAAGACUAUUUGGAUAAUCAAAACGAAUACUUUUGUGUUAAAAUAAGAAGUUACGAGAAGAUAUUUGAGUUGUGACCACGGCAGGAUUAGCUCAGUCGGUAGAGCGCUUGACUGCAGAGUGGAAAGAUUCUUGGGGCCGGAUCUUGAAAUUACUGAAAAAAAAUUACUGAGAAAUGAAGGUACUCCAUUUGCACUGCAAGCUGCUAGAGCUUCGUUUGACUCGGAUGACCAAGUAAAAUGGCGGUCCUGUCUCCAGUAAAAGAUGUAAUAACAGUGUCCUAAAAUAGUACUUUGGUGCUAAAUUCAUUGACAUUCAAGUAAAGGGCAUUUGUUUCGUUCAGAUUAUGAGGCUCAAUACGAAUGACUGCAUCUCAGACAAAAAUACUAAUUCCCACUCUGUAAUAACAUGCUUUGCAGGUUUUAAGUUUUGCAAUUUUCAAAGUUCCCGCGAAAAUUAUUUUGAUCUUUGGACUGGGACUCCAAAAUAGACCUUUUCACCAUUUUUUCAACUUUUUAUAUGGACCAGUCAGGAAAAAUCCGUCGACACCACUAGAAAGAGCGCCUUAAUAUUAGUAAAAUUCCCAACUUUGAAAGCGAUACGUCUUUAGCAAGCAAAGAUAUAGCUCUGUAAAGUCCCAAAAUUUUACAGACGCGUUUGUAAAAUUUCGUGACUUUGAGAUGGUGUAUCGAUCUUAGGUUUCAACAAAUCACUUUCAAACUUGGCAAUCUUACUAAUUUUGAGGCGCUCUUUUCAGUGGUGUCAAUGGAUUUUUCUGAAAUUGUCCAUGUCAAAAGUUUAAAAAAACCCGUGAAAAGGUGUAUUCAAGAUGUAAAUAUGAUGCAAUAAUGAAGAAGGCCACAAUUACUGAGAUCAGCCUAGUUUUUCUACAUUUUGAUGUUGGAAAUGUGUUUCAUAUCAUUUAUUAGCAAACUUGUUGUAUAAAACUUUGUAAAUAUUAACCUGCUGUAGGAAAAAUCCAGUCUUGAUCAUUUGCAAAAAUAGCUUCAGCCAGGGUAUUUAGUUUGACCCUAAAGAAUUAAGCACCAAGUAAGCAUGAGCUUAGAUUAAUAUCUUGACAAUUUUAUGGUCAACAGCAUUUCCAUGGUCUACUGGUCAACUGUAUACAUUUCAAACAAUUUGUCAAGCAGUGAAAACAUUUAGAUACCUGUAUGUAGGAGAUCAGUUCACCCUCCAGAUGCCCAUUGUAGCGAUGGCCGUGCAUCAACUUACUAUUUCAUUGCAGUUUCUGUGCCAAUGCCAUGGACUAAAGUUGACUUCUUUAAGACUAUACUAAAGUCAGACAUAAUUUGUGCCUCACACACUCCAUAUUUCUUUCACUUCAGAUAAUUAUACGGAUUCAGUGUACCAGUACCUACACGUGAUUGAAAUCAGUCAUGUGAUUCUAUAGCAUGCCCAUGCAUGUGGCAGUCACGAAGUAGUAGUCUUGAAAUAAAUGGAUAAAGCUAGAAUGUUUAUUGGUUAAAAACUGCGGUUGAACAGUGAACAAUCACUCUAAAAAAAACAUAGUUUUAAUAGGAGACGUUAAUAAGAGAAUAUUUAAUCGUGACCAUAAUGUAUGCACUCACUGUAGAAAUUCAAGUUGACCUUGUACACCAGAUAUAUCUUAUUGGAGAUUUUAGAAUUUAUUAAUGUGAAAUAUUUUUUACAGGCAAUUUUUCCUACUUUUGACACUCAUGACAACAGUCACAAUUCCAUUAACUACAUAAUGAGAAGCAUGUGGUAAAAUGAUAUUAAAGAUAUUUCCUCUUAGUCAUUAUCUAUCGAUAUUUUUCCUUUGGCGAGCCCCCAAUGGGCUUUGUGGAUAUUGAAAGUACAACAGUUAAUCUCCCCAAGCUUUGUCAUGACCUGAAAAGGGAAAUUUUAACCAUGUUUGAGGCUAAUAUGGAAUGUGCUUGGUAAUCAUUUUUCAAAACCAUGAACAAUAAGUUGUUGUCGUGACCCCCCAGAAUGUCCUAAAAGGAUUUUGAUGUUUCCUUUGACAAAUCCUAUUUACAUACAUAUACAUUAUUUUUUUCAUGUCUUGCUUCAGUCAUCCUUUCAUAGAAGCAAUUUUACAUGGUAACUACACUCAGCCAGAUGGCUAUAGUUUACAGAUAUCCCAUGGGUAAAAUUACGGGAAAAUUGAAAUUCAAAAUUUAGCAGUUGAAUUAAAUACUAACUGUUGCUCUUGACAAGAAUUCUUAAGAGGAUUGUUGUAAAUUUUAAUCAUUGAAAUCAGACAGUUGGUAUUUUGCAUGUCAUUAAAAUUGCAUGGGUAUUGUGCUUUCUAUAUGAAUUUAACAAACAAAUGUCAUUCAAAUUAACAGCCAUACAUUUCCUUUGAGGUGUUUGAAAUAUUUUACCUUUUUGAAUCUUUGUUUUAAACUUUAUGUUCCUGUUUUGAACUCAUUUUUUGCACAUUACCAUACCCCAAAAACCAAAGGAACUAGAAUAUUAUAAUUUAAACCAAAGGUAAUUACACAUAAUACUUGAACCACAACAUUUGCAAAACAAUUAAUCAUCCAAGAAUGUGCAUGACUGAAUGUCUGGCAAGAUGCCACAGCCUUCAUUCAAUGGCUUUAUUUAUCCGCAUGGCUUUACAAAAGCCAUAUCUGGUACAAAAUAUCAUUUUCAUACAUUUUGCCUAUGCAAACCUCUAAGUUACUACCUAAGAAACAAACGUGUAGAAGAUAAUGCCCCCAAGGUUUAUGCACAACUGCAUGAAAUGAGUUUCUUCCUUUGUUGGGCUUGCUUAACAAGUUCAAUGUACAUGUAGCUCAGCUGGGACAUAAACAGUAUAUUUUUCCCGGUCAGGCAGUAUCUUCUGUACCACAAGCAUGUCAUAUAUGUAUCACUUUUACCUGCAUAUACAUGAACUGAUCAUGUGAAGGUUUCGUGGUUAUUAAUCAUUCUACAGUAUGGAAGUUCUGAUGAAGAACCAGCUGUUCGUUAUCUGGGUUUGUUUUUUAGAUUUAUGGCUCGUAUAGAAUGUGUCACAUGUAUAUCAAAAAUGCUGGCUUCUAAAGACAUAACUUGCAGAAGCCAACUUAUUGCCAAGAGAUGAAGGUGGUGCACUUACCUUUUACCAGAACGUCAUGCGUAAUUUCGUGAAUGUACUUAUAUUUUGUCUGCUUUACCUGUUUGACUAGUUUUGAACUGGUUUAACGGAAUUUUUUUUUCAACAAUAGACCGUGAUUAUAAGUUAGAACCCAGGCCCUAUCUUAACAGUCACAUGUUUCCCUUAUGCCUCCAUGGAGACUUGUUUUCUUACUGAACAGUUUGGUCAGUAAACUGUACUUUGCUCUACUGUGUGUAUUUAGAUGCAGACGCAAUCUGUAUAUUGUUUUUGUCUGCAUUAUUCAUGUACACCCAGUCUGCCAUCUGCAGUCUGCUUUAACUUUUAUACCCAGUCUGUAGUUUACGAUCUGCAUUUUGUACUCAUCAAAUAGUAAUAGUUAUACAUGUAAUGUACGAAAUAAAAGAAUAAUGUUGUGGUCAGUGUUAUUUUUUUAUGAAUCUUUUUGAAAGACAAGGUGUUUACAUGUACACUUUUAGCACUUGGUCUUACAUAAUUUGUCUUGUGAGCUGUCUGUUUUGGUAUUAAUUAUUAUUUUUGUUCCUCAGUUGGAAUGGCAAAAAGUCAUGUGAGAUGUGCAGAGUCUAGUCUUUGACCAUUGACAGCAAAUUUGCUGACUGUUUGUUGACUGCAAGAGCAAAGAUGCUGUAGAGCAAGGCAAAUUUAAAGAGACAUUUUGUCUUCUCUUCAAAAGAGGGACUGAUUUUGUGCACGCAAUCUUUGCAAUAGGGAACGGUUCCAUUUUAUUUGAUUUGUGAGCUUAUAGGUACAUUUGUAGGUAAUCUGUAUUUGCAUACAAAGUGUGGUAAAAAUGUGACUGUAAAUCUCUCCCAUGAUAUUCACAUUUUAGCAAACUGAGGCACAAGUUUGUCUGUACACAUAUCCAUAAAGUUGCUAGCAUUCUUGUUUUGACUGGAAGUACUAGCCGAAUAUGGUUUAAAUGAUUCUUGUUAUUUUAUAAGACGCUUUUAAUGUGAAACACAGUAAGUAAUUUGGUGCCACUCGGUUCUGUUUAUUAUUAUUUUAUUGCAAUAUUCAUAUGCAAUGUUGUGUGAAAACUAGACAUCAACCCUCCAAGUUGCGACCAUUUUAGUCGCCAUGGCGCCUAAAAUUUUGGAACUGGCGACUUGAUUUGGAGAAUAGUCGCCAAGCUGGCGACCGUGAAGAAUAGGUUCGUGUUGUGGCAUAUAGAAACAGAAAUGGUAAUCACUUCUACUGAAAUAUGAAGAACAUUUAUUCUAGCUGAUUUGAAUUCCAUUAUUUUUUUACUUUUCCGUUGAAAAACAUGCUAAAUUGAAAACUUAAAAAAGUCUCAGAGCUAAGCGUUUUGAAAAUGAACAUCAAUGAAACUUGACUUGCAUUCGUUCGCCCAAAAGCCUUCAGUCUGUUGCCUUGCACGUGACAUUUUAACUUUUGACAUGUGACAGAUGGCACGCAAUCGAAGCGCCUUGCUUGUUGACAGUGACGAUUUCUUCGAUAUCUUAGGAAUGCUUGUCUAGCCAAGUUCGGUGGUUUUUUAACUGGACUACAUAUUAUAAAUAUUUUUGAAUCAAUACUGAAACAAUCUAAUAACAUGAAGAGGGAAAGCUAAAUUGGUGCAAAUUCAACACAGAACAUUAUGUGAUAACCGUAACAUGUGAACCGUGCUGCGAGUUGAAUCGCGGUUUUGUAAACAAAAGCGAUAAUUGUAAGCGAAACUAAACAUCGCAAAACUGACAGCUUAUGGUUGUUGCAAAAAAUGUUUUUUUAAACACCUGUAGCGAUAAUAAAGGAAAGAGAAAAUUUAUUAUUUCGUAGGCGGCAUUUUUGUUUGGGUUCCUUUCAAUUGAUUGGGAAAAAAAAAUUUUCCCAGUACAACUCGUUGCGAAAUUUUUACGUGUGCCAUGUUAUCUCUGUAAAGCAAUGAUUUCAUUUAGAAAACUUGUCAAUCUUCCUAUACUCUCCUGCCUUUGUCAGGCUUUCGCAAUGUCUAGCGAUGUUAAAAACGACCUUUUAAAUCUCCAAAAAUAUUUGUUAGUUGGGGAAACAAAUUCAUCAUCAACAAAAGUCGCAAAAGAAAUGCGAAACAAAUAUCAGAAAAAAAUAGGUCGCCUAUCAAGUUGCGACUGGGAAAUUUUGAAAACAUUAACAGAGGAUGAGUUAAGUUCUGCUCUCAUAUACCAACUGGGGAUUAUAUAGAAGGAUUGAAGGCCCUAAAGACAAAUGGAAAUGGUAAUUGUCUUUACAAUUCCGUUUCAGUAUUGAUUCAAGGAGAUAAAUCUGCAACCCUUAUUCUCAGACUAUCAGUAACUAAUGCCUUGCACAAUAAACGAGUAAUUUAUAUGACAGUGCUGCAUUUUAAGGUAAACUUGCUAACUGCUUUUGUUAAUGACAAUUUUGAUAUAUUAAGUCAUUAAUAUAAUUUGGCACCUAAAAAUUUCCCCUGGCGACUAAACCCAAAGAGCUGAUCGCCAAGUGGCCACUGAACAAAAAUUUUAACUUUGAGGGUUGGACAUGCAUGCAUGUACCAAUAUUAGAAAGAAAGGACACUACAGUUGAAACAUUCCACAAUGGCCACCUUUGGAAAUUGAAGAAAUAUAAUAUACAGGUGUAACACCGACUUUCUGGAUCUAGUGCUGUACAACAUUUUUACUUUCAAAAACUGCUCAGCUCUAUAAUAGCACAUUAACAUUUCACACAAUCCAUAUACAUGUACAGUAUAUUUCAGUAAAACAUAAACAGAAUAUUAUUAGUAGGUUGAGUAUGAUCGUCCAGGUGAACGCAGUCCUGAAUAGGACUGUUGUUGUUUACAGUGACUGAAGUUUUGACAACCUGUACAUGAUGCAGUAGUCAUCUUCAGGGUCAAAGUGAGAUGUUAAUGUAAGUGGGCUGGCGGUCACAGCAUUUGAUCUUGUAUACAGCUCCCUGUCUGUCCUCUGGUUUGUCUUUGUCGCUGACAUUAGUUAGUAAGUAGUCAUUAUGAAGUGGUUGAUCAGUUUGUGCGCCAUGUAUAUUGUAAGGUUGAAGUAUACAUGUGAUAGUACAACUCACUAACUGACUCUGAAGAUGACUACUGCAUGGGUUAUUGAAAUGUCAGUCACUGUCAACAACAGCAGUCCUAUACUGAACUACAGUGUACGUUCACCAGAUAAUCAUACUCACCCAACUUAUGAAAUGACUCCUGUGUUCAAACCUUUCACAAAACGUAAACAAUGUAAUAAUUAUUCUGAACAAAAAAUAAUUGUGAACAAUUAAGUUACAUUGCAGAGUACUUCAUUUUUCUUGUUGUUUGCUCAAAGGUGGCUAUUGUGGAGAGUUUUUGCAAGUUGUGCAUGGUUAUUGCUAAAAGGACCUAAAAGGCUGUUUUCGUAAGCAUGAAAAUUUCAUGGUGGCACCUUCAUUACAGUUAUAUCAUCUUUUUGAUUUGUUAUAGCGUGUUUCGGACAAUAUCUGUUAUCCCUGCCGUAGCCAAAAAUAUGUUUGAAAAAAAUUUUUUGGUCAUGACUUUAUUUUACCACUACCUGAAUGAAAAUGGUUUAUUAAACAACUGUCAAUCUGGUGAGUCAAUAUUGACAGUUGUCUUCUUAAUGGUAUAAUUUUCAUUGAUUUGAACAAGGCCUUUGACACUAUUGACCAUGAGAUUGUACUAUGAAAACUUGCUAAAUACGGCGUUGAGCAAGAUGCCUUGAAAUGGUUCAAAUCUUAUCUAACUAACCAUAUGCAAAAAUGAGAUGCAUUGUAGGUAACUGUCUAUCUAGGAGGAGCCCUCUUAACUGUGGCAUUUCUCAAGGGUCAAUAAUAGGCCCCUUCGUUUUUUAUCUGCAUAAAUGAUCUUCCAAACUGUUUAAAUACUGGUUCUCUUGGACGACACUAACAUUACCUUUUUUGCACUUAGCAUACAUGAUCUCGAAUUAAAGAUCAAUACUGAAUUGAAACAUAUUGAUCUCUGGCUUUAAGCUAAUAAGUUAAGUCUCAAUGUCACCAAAACAGAAAUUAUGAUUAUUAGCUCAAUGCAAAAACGACAAUCUUUAAAUGAGUACACAGUAAACAUUACUGUAGAUGGCAUCCAAGUAAACCAAACAACUUUUAGCAAAUCUCGUGGGCUUAAUAUUGACGAUAAUCUCUCUUGGAGCACAUACAUGACAUCUCAAACAAGAGUCUCCUCAAGCAUUGGUGUGAUUAAGCAAGUCAGGCCACUUAAUUGUUUUCAUGCACACUGCAUUUAAAAUAUACAAAGGUCUUAUUAAACCACAUUUGAUUACUGUAGUGCUGUCUGGGAUGGCUUGUUGUAACAGCCGAGUGACAACAGAAUGGCACCAUCAGAGUUAUCACUAAACCAAGCCAAGACACUUAUUCCAGACAACUUCUUAACUUGCUUGGUUGGGACAACUUAUCAAUCAGAAGGGCUAGGUAAUUAGCUUACUUAAUGUAUAAGUGUACUAAUAAUCUUGCCACAGCUUAUAUCUGCAAUUUGUUUGCUCUGAGAAUCUCGAAUUACGACCUUUGUGACGCUAAGGGUAAAUUGCUACUUCUGAAACCAAGAACUGACUACCUCAAGCAUCGCUUUACAAAAUGUAUAGUUACAGUGGUGCAUACUUAUGGAACAGUCUUCCCGAGGAAUUUGUACACACAGCAAAUUCUUUAGAUGACUUUAAGAGAAAAAUUCACCCGGUUUUCUGAUCACUGAGUACAGCUUUCACACGGCAAAUUUAUGUAAAGUAGACUGUUGAUUUAUUUAAUCAAGUUUCAGAUUUACAUUUACAAUGACAAUUAAAUCAAUCAAUCGAUCAAUCUGAGGUAGGCUUAAAACAGCUAGAAUACAAGACUCCUAAAACAUAAGCCACCUAACUAUUAUUACAUCGUAAAUAGUUCUAGAGAAUCAAUUAAGUUAUAAAAUUAUCUAAAAAGUUAUGUCAAAAAGUAUCACUAAAAAAUUAAAAAUGACAUGCGAUAUGAACACUUAUCAAUGAAAAUUAUCAUAAAUGGACUAAUGAUUGAAUAAAGUACAGUGAAAAAUUAGAAAAAAUCUACAUUAAACUUAUACCAUUAUUAAUAAAAGGCCAUCAAGUUCUUACAAAAGAUUGACAAGGUAUUUGACUCUCUUAUACUUAGAAGUAAUUCAUUCUACAGGCAACAGAUCUGAACACAAAAAGAAUUCUUAAAGACAUCAGUUUUGCUGAAAGGGACAUCAAGCGUUAAAUGAUCAGUGUUUCUGAGCAGUUUGAUUCAAGAGCGAAACGAUACAUUUUCGAAGAUAUUUAACUUAAAUAAUAAUCUUAAAACACUUAAAAAAGAAAAUGAAAUCAUUAAUUAUAGAGAAUUUAUAGAGAAUUUAUUUAUUGUCGAUUAUUAUACAGAUAUUUUAACCGUCUCUAAAUAGCUAGAGAUUAUCAUCAUCAUCAUCACUGAGUUUCAUUGAAAAUCUAUGACAGGUUUUACUAGGGAUUCAUUAAAUAUUACAUAUAGGUUUGAUUGUAUGGAACAAAACAGAACGGGGAAUUAAAUUUUAGAUGAAAUUAAAAAUCCGCUCAAGACAAGAGUUCCUGCUUACAUCCACGGCCACCACCUGUCAUUGCCAGGUCCACAACGGCAACAUUUUUAGCCCCCUGUAAGCGGUUGGUUAGGUAAAAAUUGGGGUUUUGUUACUUUUAGGGGACCAUUGCUCUAUAGAGGAAAACAAGUAAGUACACAAUCAAAAUGAUGAGUUAAAUGCAUAAAAAAAAAUCAUGUCAUAUUUAACAAUUAUUCGCCGAAGGCGAAGUUAAUAUUGUUGAAUAAUCCCCGAGACGAAGGCGAGGGGAUUAUUCAACAAUAUUAACUGAGCCUGAGGUGAAUAAUUGUUUUAGUAUAUUCACACGAAGUGAUCUCAACAGAAUCAGAAAGGAAACCAUUAAAAAACCAUUAGUUUGAUUGACGGGUGAAAAUUCAUGCGUGAACACGAAGCCGUAAACAGUGGAUGCGCAAAAGUUAGAUCUUUACAGUAUCUUCAAACAUGGCAAAUGAUAGUUUUAAUCCUUUUGUAUCGAGUUUUGUAAGCUUUAGCAUCAACGGUUUAAAAGAAAACGCCGAAAAUUUAAAUUACUACCCAAUUCUGAGAAGAAAAGUAUCUAGAGCUUUAUUUGUUUCUGUCAACUCACCGUGAAUGAGAAAGUUUUCUUCGUCGCUUCUUGCAAAUGCUGUCAACAGCGGCUGCGAUCAAGGUGAGCGUUGUUUAUCUCCAAAGUUCUUUGCCUUGUUAACUUGCUGGCACGUACAAUUUUCGAAAAUAUUUGCCUUCCUCUCUUCUCCAUAAAUUAACUUCUAUUUAUAGGCAAAAUUGGUCUUGCGAGAAAAUCCCGAAAUCACAAAACAGUGACAAAGCGACCUCGUUUUCCUCUGUAGUGGUAAACAUAGCUUCGAGCGUACAAAAAGUCAGCUAAAGUAAACCACUUCACAAUAAAUCACGCUGUUUAAACACCAUGAAGUCUUUUCUUGCCUUCAAAGUCAUCAGCACUUGGAUAUUCGUGUAUUUUCAAAAAGGUUUUACUUUGAAACUUUGGCAAAACACCCAGUUCACGACAGCGAUUUUGUUCGGCUUUAUAUUCACCGCCUAGCGCGGUGAAUAUAACGUCAUAGUCCGAGAUAGCUAACCAAUCAGAUUGCUUGAAUUACCAAGCUCACUGAGUGUGUAUAUACUAAUGUCAAAUACAAAGAACAGAAAAAGUGCAAAUACUGGCCCUUUCUGGGUGCAUCGUUUAACCACAUAAACAUACUACGUUUGGCAUAUCAACAUGAACAUUUGUCGUGUAAACUUGUCAUUUUGCUCAUUUGUUCUGUUAGUUUUUUCUUCCAUAAGGCUUACCGAUAAUUCCUUAUUGUUCACUUCAAGUAUGAAGUAGGAGAAACAUAUGGCCACCACCUGACUAAUAAGUCAAAUUAUUUUGUUUUGCAGGCUAAUGGCUUCUGCUCCAGUGUUGGUUUCUGCAUCUACCAAGGAGGUGACAAAUUUUUCUCGCCUUACUCGUCUCCUGGUUGAGGGUGGCACCAAAGCCUUAAGGUGCACUUUUGACAACAUUUAUCCACCCGCGAAGCUGCAUCAAGCUUUAGUAUCUAACCGUCUAAUACUGCAAAGGCUCCGGAGUAAGAGAAUUCUUAGUUCCGCACAAUGGAAUAUGCUGUAUCCCACUACUCAUUCAUCAGGAAAAUCAGAAGAAUUUGACAUCACACUACUGUUGGUGUUGCUUAGGCAAAUUUGUGGUCUGCCCCCUCCUGCUAAAGGCUGGAACAACCUUCCAACUGCAUUAGACAAAAGUGUUGAGGCUAACAUAGCCAGGGUGACGUUCUACACAAACUCAUUGUUGAGGCAUGCCAGCUGUACGUCUGUCGAUGAUCCAACAUUUGAUGCCUUGUGGCUGGAAAUCAGCGAUGCACUGAUAGGACUGGGUGUAGAUGCAGACACUAUUAAUGAGCUAAAGACUGAGAGCAUAUAUCCUGAUGUAGAAGAGCAUCACCAAAAGCUGUUAAAAGAGUGGAGGAAAGAUGAAGAUAAUAUCAAGGACAAACAUGAUGAGAUAGAAGGUAUGAAUAGUAAUGACUGUUGUUAAAUAUUUACAUGUAAAUAGGUUAAACAUACAGUCAUUUAACUCUUGCUGCCAUUGGGCUCGGAGCUUGUCAGUAGCCUUAAAAUUGGUUCAUAACUCUUCGCUGCUUUUCUUGUACAUAGCACGAUUAUAUAGUUAUCAUGGCCUGAUAAAUUUUUGUUCACUCUGUACUAUGCUACAUGUGUGCAGUAUCUUACCUGAAGCAAAGUUAAUCCUUUCUGGAUCCCCACUUUCCUGCUAUCAACUUUUGUAUGCAUCUUUUUUUCACUAACCUGGUCAAUGGCUAGUGAGAGUAUCCCUUCCCCUCCCCCUUGCAUUCAAUGUUAUAGAGUAUAACAAGGUUUCUAAAGUGAAGCCUAACUCAAAGUAAAGACCUUGCUUGAUCAAGCAUAUCACCUGCAAUCAUAUUAAAAAAUGAAAAAACUAUCCAAUAUUGUUAGAUUUUACCUUGUUCACCACACAACAUUGUCUGGAGGAGAGGGAGGGGGGCUUCUUUUCCCUUGGGAAGAGUGGAGAGGCUCUUUUGUUGCAGUCUGGUUUUGCAUACAUUAUUUCUGGAAAAUAGUGAACAAACCAAAAAGAAAUUAAUAUUAUGAUGACAAUGCCUGUCAUCAUGUUUUUGUACUACAGGAGAAACCAACUUGUCUAAUUUUGUAACUUAGCAACACUUUCAAAAUUUUUAGAAUUUUUAAGAGUACGUUUUUGCACUGGGGCCUUCACAAGUGGUGUGGAGUGAAACUAUGCUAAGUGACUCCGUAGCCCGUCAUUAAACUUUUUUCCCUUUUGUUGUGUACUUUUCACACAGUUUGGAGUGGAGAACUACUGAAUGUCAUAAGAAGCUUCCCCAAUGACCUUUGGAAUCGUCCAUGUGAAUGUCAGGGUCUCGGCAUAGAAAACAUCCCGGAUUUUGACAUAACAGCCUUACAUGAUACACUAAAGAAGAAUUUUUUAUCACUACUACUGUUUGUUAAAUGGAAUUUUCUAAACCCUUGGAGUGAUAGUCAACCAGAAUUUGCAGUUCUUACUUGCACUGAGAGUAAGGAUUUAAAUGUAAUAAACUGCCUUGUCAUCCAGGGUAUUUGUGCUUUUAGUAAAGGAGACAAAAAGAUGUUAGAAGAAAUACAGGCCAUUGCUGUCCAAUAUAAAACCCAUCCUGGUUGUGGAUUUUUAAUGAAUAUCCUUGGUGUGAUGUUUUGCGAAAAAGUUCUCUAUGAAAAGGGUAAAGAGUGUUUUGAUAUGGCUAAGAGUUACUUUCAUAGCCAUCAGGACAAUCUGAGAGAGGCAGUUGCUACUUUAAACCAAGCAGUUUUGCACAAGACUUUGGGGGAUUACAGAAUGGCGCAGAGUCUCUCUUUUGAAGCAGCCUCCCUGUGCCAUGACAUCUUAAUGAUAACAACAAUCAACCGACAUCUGCUAGUGAAGGUGCUGGGAAGAGUUACUGAUAUGCUAGAGGAGUUUGGAAACUAUGACAGAUUCCACAAGACCCUCCAGACUGGUGUUCAAUUUGAUUUUGCUGGUACCAGUAAGGCUACUGCAGUUAUUUUGAUGGAAUUAAUGAAACUUCAACUCAAGGAAACUAACAAGAACCUUGCAGCUGAGGAGAGCAAAGGUUUUGUUUGCCGUCUGUUUAGAUUUUUAGAUAAUCCUGACACAGAGUUGAUGAAUGCUGAGGUUAUACGAGCAUUCAUGAUUGCAGCAAAGAUUCAUCGCAAAACUGGUCAUGAUGAUGAAGCCUGCGAUUUAUUAAAGAAGUUGCAGACAACUUUCCUGCUUGCUCAUGGUGGAGAACAUUCUCUUUAUGGUUCACUACUAUACCAAAUUGGCUGCUUCUUUAUUGACUGUGAAAAGGUUGAUGAAGCUUUAGGUGCACUCAAGCAGGCAGAGGAAAUUCUAAUUCGUUCUUUUGGCAAAGAACACCAUUCAGUUGCAUCAUGUAAAAGCAUGUUAGGUUCCUGUUUUUUGCUUAAAAGUAACAGCAAAGAGGCCUUGAGGCACCUAAAUGAAGCCCUGGCAACAUUUAGGAAUUUAAAUCCUAAUCAUCCUGAAGUGGGAGGGAUUCUCCUUAAACUUUCAUUUAUUCAUAUUAAAGAGGAAAGCUAUCAGUGUGCCCAGGAUACCGAGGAAGAAGCUCUAAAAAUCUUCAUCUCAGCUUGUGGUAAAGUAUCUCAGAAGACAGCUACGGCAUAUUUCCAGUCAGCGAUGUUCUUGCUGAAAGAUAAGGCAUUGUGGAGUUUAGCCAAGGAAAGACUGAUGACAGCAACUGACAUCUUCUUAAGGCUUGGUUUGAAACCUGCUAAUUCUUGCAUCCUCGCCUGCCACAGUUUGGUUGGUGUCUUGCAGCUCUCCUUGAAGAAAACAGAAGCGGCAGAGAAGUCUCUUCAGAAUGUUGAAGUCGACUUGAGCAUUGAACGAUGGAUUAAAACUAGCAUCCGUUUGGCAUCCUCAGUCGGUUUACUAGUACCAUCACCAACAGUUGGUCUGAACAGAUCCUUUGGUCUCUGUGCCAAGGUGGUGUCUCUUGUGAAUCUGGUGCAUAUGAAAACUGGUGAUGAAAGACUCAAACAUCUUGACACACUUGUUGGCUGCUUGGAAAAACACAAAACAGAGGAGCUUCAAGUGUUGGAUUUUGCAGGCCAAGCCAUAUUUUACAACACAUGCAAACUGCCUGGCUCUGAAAAAUCUGUAGCUGUUUUUUUAUCUUUGGGUCCACAGCUUAUUUCGUCACAGUCUACUGAGGUACUGAACUCUCACUCGGACUUUGAUCAAAAUCAAUCUGACUUGUUUUUCUCAUCUGUAAACAAGAAGCAUCAUUCCCUGUUUUUGACGAUCCCACACAACAAUAUUCAAGGCGAUAUUUCUUCCCUGGGUUCUGUCCUCCAUAGAUGUGUUUUAACUCUUUGUUCCCAAGCAUCAGUCAGAAAAGGUUUUGUUGAGGGAAUUGAUGUCCAUAGGAAAUUGACAUUGCCAAUAAAUGACAUACCUUCCAUUUGUAGGUUGGUUGACUGUCUUCCACUUCUUGUUGAACUGGAACUGUCAGAAUUAAAAGAACAGCAUGGUAACUUUGACUACUUGAAUUCUUGGGAAUCGUCAGGGAAAUCUGUGAAACCAUCAGUGCAUGUCUCUUACUUCUCCUCUGAAUGUUCCCUUCAGCGUGAGGCUGAGUUUGUUUUUUACCAUUUGAACCAAAGGUUAGAAGAAAAAUUAGUAGUGAACAAGGGCGAUGGUGCUGUUACUUGCGAUGUUUUCCCUGCAUUAGAUGGCGCUUCUUUUGUCAUUGAAAAGCCUGGCAAAUCCUGUGUAUCUAUUUCUGUAGAAAACAAGUUUGUAAUUGUCAAAUGCUGCAGCUUCAAGGAGUCAGUUUUAGAGUUUGUUUGCUCGUCAGUGCGGGAUGCUCUUAAAAAAGCUGCGGAAUCUUUAUGCUUCAGAGUGAACUUUAAACAAUCUUCAUGGUUCCCUGACAGCUACCUUGAAAGGUGUGGUGGUGUAAAAGGAUCUGUAAGAAAAAUCCACAGCCUGGAUGAGUCCUCUCAUUUGACUUUUUCAUGUGCAGACAGCGGAGACCCAGAAUCAGAUUUAAAGAGACAACCAAUGGUGGAUGGGUUACAGGAUGAGGUAAGUCGGGUCCUUUUACUUUCAGUGUGUAAUUAUGAUUUGCAUAUUGCGGGUAUGAAGUUCAUGCUACUACAGCUAAAAUUCCCUCCUCCCUUCCUUGUUGCUCCCCCAUAAAAAUACAAACUGAAUAAAUGCCAUAAAUACUAUCCUUAGUCGGUCGACAGAGGAAACAAAUAUUACCUUUCAGUAAAGGUUACUGAUAUAAUAGUUAUUGGUAGACAGAAUGAUCAACCCCAUAAAUCGUGAUGGGCAAUGUAGUUUUGAAGCACGUUAUUAAUUAUUAUCAAAUCAACAUUUUUUCUGGAAAUUAGAACAAAUGACAUGGAUGAUUCUUUUCCUUUUAUUAUAGCAUGUGGAGAUCAAGCCACUUUUUAGACGUCCCUGCAGUAAGUUGCCAACAGACAUGGAUAUUUGUUUGUGCCUUCUGGGGUACCUUUUGAGUCAAGUUAGACUUGAAGCCACUAAGAACGAAGCACUGGAAAUUUGUAACUCUCCAUCUGAACAGAACUUGGUGCCCGAAAACCAGUCCAUAUGCCUCGAAUCAGAUCAUUCCAUCACAUCAAAGAAAUCAGUAACUGACAGCUCCUCAUCUGUUAAAAGUUCAAAAGAAUUGGAUCCCCAUCUUUCUCUUGAUGUAAGUGAUUUAGAAGCUGCUAGUAACAGGCCCAUGACAAAUUGCGAGGAGGGAAUUGUGCAAAGCAGUCCUGGACAAGACACAAAGGAACCAGGGCAGUUGAUGUCAUCCAUCACUGAAUGUCUUUAUGCAGGCAGAGAAGAAGCUGUUACUCCACAAGUUUACAAAAACACACAGUCAAGUGUUGCAGAUUCCAGUGUGCUUCUUCUGAACAAUCAGACUGAUCAUUUGGAUCAGGGGCAAGGUCCUUGUGAACCUGGUAACGGCAUUUCAAUACCAUCAUCAGUUGAGUUACAACUAGAGAUAAGACAACUGGAGGAGCAGCUGAAGCAGAGUGAAGAAGAAAAACAGAAACUUAGUGUUGAACUGGGAAAAUACCUGUUCCUUGAAGACAAAGGAAAGCGCCAUGGAAGGCUUCUUGGUGGAGCAGCUUCAUUGCAUGACCCAGGUUAGUCAGAGAUGUUAAAAAAAACUUAUUAGCAAGAUUCAAAAUGCCGUAAACUGUAGCCAAUAAGCCCCAUUGCUGUAGGCCCAUCUACUCGUAAACAAAAAAAAAAAACACAUCCGGCUAUAUAAACCCCCCACCACCCUUUAUCUGGCAUUAAAAUGAAUUCUCUAUUUAUUAUAAUGCUUUGAAGCUCAAUGAAAAGCAGUACAAAACAUACUUUGAUCAUUUUAAAUGCUCUUUUUGGUUUGGUUGUAAGCCCUAGCCCCCCUUUUAGAAGGCCCUCUAAAACUCAUUACGAAAAGCCUAGGGCAAGCUGAAGUUUUUGGUAACUAAUCUAGAACAUGAAACAUAGCAGAGUUGCAGGCAAUAAGAGGCAUUGGAUGAGACUGAGGAGGUUGCGAGGAAUUGACCAGCCAGGAAGUUCUUUUGUUUUUCUUUUCUUUUUAGUUUCUUUGAAAGUAACCAGAGAAAUUCCCCAGUUCCCAGCUCCUUAGUGAGAACCCUGUUUUGAUAAUAAGAACAGAGCCUUGUGACUUUUGGCUUACAACACCCAAGUUAGGAAUAUGAAGAAUUGAAGAUGGAAUCCAUUAGGAAAUUGAGUAAUUUUAAUUUUCAGUGGACAAAAACCUUGUACCAGAAUUAUUUCAAUCAUAUUGCAUUCUUUUUUACACCUCUUGCAGGUUAUAAAUGUAAUAAGUUAUAUGAAAUAACUCCAAAGAAAAGGUUCUUAUGAGAGCCAGAGUAAACAAACUUCACAAGCUUCAAAUUUCACAAAAUGAAACUUGCGUUUGACGAUUUAACCUGUUCUUCUCAAUUCCUAUGAAAUUUGAAAUUAAUUUAUUUUCUCAGGCUCCCAUAAGAACCUUUUCUUUCAUAUAACUUAUUACAUUUAUAGCCCUUGAAAAAUGUAAAAAGAAAAGGGUAUUGCGUAAAAUAUUAUGGUACAAGGAUUUUGCCCACUGAAAUGAAAAUUACUCAGUUUCCUGAUGUAUUCUGUCUUAAUUCUUUUCAAUCAUGCAUGAAAGCUGAAUUUAAUUUCAAUAAUUAUUUUAUUAACCAUUUAAACUUAUAAAAUCUUUACCUUAAGAGUAAUUCUUAAUGUACUUCUUGAAAACAUUUGCCUUUUUAUUGGUAGUUUUGGUUAUGAAUAGGUGUUUCUUGACCCUCAGAUGGGAGAAACACAUUUAAAGUUUGUAAAUUGUAGUCAUCCUGUGACUAUUAUUUUGGCUUUUUUUAUGUAGCCAACAAAGAGCAUUAAAUUUUGUUAGCUGUUUCUCAGUUGAGUUGCAGAUGGCUUACACUGUAACUGACUGAAAACUAAUCAUAAUUAUAGCAUGUGUAAGAUCAUCACCUUUUUGUACGCAACUUGAACAGCUACAAAAAGGAAGCAGAAAGAAAAAUUCCAGCCAGAUGGCUUGAUAGCUGAGUGGCAAGAGCACUUCACCAGUAUCACAGAGGUCAGGGGGUUGAAGCCUGCAUUUUUACACGCUGGGUGUUGUGGCAGCUGUUUAAGGCCAAGUUCUGUGUACUACAUACCUGUGAUCAUCUUUCUACUUAUAACACGACUCCUGGGUUCAAACCAUGCAUUUAAUUGCAAAUAAUGACAAAAAAAAACUAGCAGUAACCAGGGGUUAGGAAGUGCAGGCAAACAUGUGCAUUUACCUUAGAGAUACAAUUGAUUUUAAGAACCACUUUCAUAAAAAUGAAUAGUACAUGCGAAUCUAAAUAAAAAAGCCCUUUUAGUUCCACUACCAAUAGGGGAAAUCCCAACAAAAUCGUCACAUGGAAAUUUAAUCAAACAACACAGUAAACAAAACACGUGAUGGUUACCACUGGGGCAUCAGAUGGACCUCAAACUAAAUACGAGGGUCGGGUUGCAAAAAACAUCUUGAGAUUAAUGGAACCUGUAACUAUUGUUUCGAAACAGUAGGUUAUUGUUUCAGAACAAAAGCUAAGAGCUCUUUUAUCUUAAGAAGCUUUUUUACACAACCCAGCUCAGGACCUUUGUGGCUCACAUACGAUGCAUUUUAUUAGUUGGUACAACAAAGACAUCCCAAGAAUGUGGACAGAUUUUGUUAAAACCCCUCUAUACAGUUAAUAAAGUGCCGCUGACAAGCCCCACCAAGAAUGUCUGCACUUUUGCUCGCCCUUGAUCAUCAAUCCCAUGGUUUGUGAUCUGUUUGGCAAGGGUCAUUUUUUAUGUUUUUUUUCUUGAUUUUUUUAGGUUUUUCCCUGCACUCUAGACUUCUAGAGAUCUCUAAUUCAUUAUCAUCAAAAGAAGUGAAGAAGAUCAAGUUUCUGGUCAAAAGCAAAAUCAGUGGUUUUAGGCUUGCACGGAUAACAGAGGCCUUUGAAUUGUUUGAAGAACUAGAGACAAAUGGAGUAUUCCCCUGCGAUUAUAUUGCAAACCUGCUUGCGGGGAUUCAGCGAUAUGAUCUUGUGAAGAAACUUGGAAUACAGUUACCUCUAACAGCUGCAAAACUUGGUAUGAGAAUUCUUAAUAAUUUCUUGUUUUUAUUAUAGCCACAAACUCUAAUAUUGUUAGAAAGUGAAUGUCAAAGCAGUUUGCUUGUAUAGACCCUUCCAUGUUUUCUUCACUUCUUGACAAGGAUCAGUUGGCAAAAGUCUGUUGCCACCUUAAAAUCAGUAAAGUCGCCAACUGUUAGAGAGUGAUAAGUUGAAAAGAAACAUCUAUGACUUACAAAAUCAUAGGGUUUCGUGGACGUUUGAUAGGGGAACUUUUUGGAGACUUGGCAAAACAAUAUCAUCUCUCAUUUCUGAAAUAUCACUCUUUGACUUGACAACUCCUUAUUUUAGUUUUUUGUGGCAUUUAUGCGAACAGGUCCUUGUCAAAAGUUAUAAAAAAGUGGAAAGGUCUAUUUUAAAUCAGAACACGGGACUGAUCAGGAAAUUUGUUUGUAGUGAAGUUGUUGUUUUGGUGGGGAUGGGUGUGUCACCCCAGAUACAAAGUUGGAUAUUCAGGCAAAGAAAAGAAGGAAGGGGAUGUGUUUCUGGGUCAUGAAAGAGGGUGAACUGUUGCAAAUCCCCUCCCCUCUCCCCAUUCUGUUACAUGUAGCAUUCACCCUUGGAAUUAAAAAGGAGAGAAGACUGGGGAAAGGCACUUGCUAAAGCAGAUCUGAAUGAUUCCAAACCAAAUGCAGUCUUCAUGAGGAUUGAAGCUUGAUGGACGGUAAUAUAGUUGAUUCACUGGAUAGGGUAGCCUGUCUAUCUAAUUCUCAAGGACUGUGCUUAUAAUGGAUGUCUGUACUUAUUUUUUGACUAGUGUCCUCGAUUGCUUAUUUUCCUUCAGGGUCAGACAUUCUUUCUGGACAGAGCUUGUCAGCGAGAGAAAAUAGAUUAUCUGGCCAUGUUGAGAAUUCACCCGAACUUACACCUGUUAAAGAUUACAGUUUGGGGGUACAACUGAACAGACAUGAAGGGAAGUACCUUAUAGGAAAUGAAGUGUUUACGCGUGUCAAUAUCAGCGGAGACUCGAUGCAAUUGCAGGGUUUUGAAGAAAAUGAUAAAUCAUUAACAACAGAGAAAGCAGAAAUUGAACAGGAGAAGAUUUCAUCACUUGCAUUCAAUGAAGGUUCAAGGGAAACCAACAUGUACACCGCUGUCUCAAGUGAGAGUGAAAAAAGUAGUAAUUCAUCCAUGAAGAGUGCUAUCAGCGCUAAAGAAAUGCACCAGUUCCCCACCCUUACUUCAGACGGUUAUUUGCCAGAUUCUAAUGAUAGUUCGUUAUUAUCAUCCAGUUUUGAACAAAUCCCAGUGGUGGCUGAUCCUAGUUGCACCUUGCAGUCCUCAAGUGACACAACUGAUGGCUCACCUAUUUUGACGACACUUUCUAGUAAGGCUUGUAGAAAUAAAGAAAUCUCAGGAGACACUGUCCCUAACGUAGCAUGCACGAAAGAGCAGACUGAACGAUCUUCGAAAUUCUACUACGCUGACGUGGAGUGUGAUGGCUCUCCAAUAGUAGCAUCACGCCAUUUUUAUUCAGCUUUUAAGAACAAUGAAUGUUUCUUGGCUGGUGGGGACGGAGAGCUUCUUGAUAAAGCAACUGAGAAGUCUGAAUGGGAAAAAAUUGAUGAAGAAAAAGAAUUUGUUGAUUCUUGUGACGGAGCAAUAAAAACAGUACAUUCUGGCACAAGUGCAGAUGCAGGAACAGAUUCCUCAGAGAGUUUUGUUGGUGAGAUUGUUCGAACUCAGAGCGGUGCAAAUGGAGGAAACCAAUCAUCAACACAAUCAUCCGCUGCAAGAGAUUGGGAGUGUUUUGGUGCCAGACCAAAAAAGGCUCAACGUUCAGAUGUUGAACCAAAGCCAACACAACCUGCUCUCUAUAUAACUGAUGGAUUAGCUGGUGAUUUCUUAGCAAGACACACCCAAGACAAGGCCCUUCAUGACAGUAUCUAUCAAACUGACGUUGAUUCUCUCUUCAAUGACUUUCCAUCACAGGGGACUUCCUUUAUUGAUGGUGGUAUAUCUCAAUCUAGCAGAGCACAGCCUUACUUUGGGGAUUGCCAGGCUACGUCUGGGACAGAGCCAUUUGCUGGAACUGGACAUUCACUUGUAAGUGGGUCUAACAGACAUUCGGUUGGCCCUUCUUAUGCAGAACCUUUCAGUGACAACUCAGGACCUUGGCCCAGCCAUUUAGGACAUGGUUCUUUCUCAUUGUAUAGUAACUAUUUUUCAAGAAAUACUUCAGCUGUUGCAAACAACUAUUCUCUUCAAAGUGAUAUGGUACAUAGUAGCAGUAGAUUUGCAGGAGUUGACCUUUUUGAUGGACAGACUUGUUUGGCAUCAGCACAGCAAACGCCGUAUCUUCCUAUGGCAAGUGAUCCUGUUUUAAAUGGUUAUUCAGGAAUGACUGGUUCAAGUUUUGCUGACCCUUCAUGGCCAGAUGCAGCACCAACACUACCUGGGGAUCCUGUAUAUAAUGCGCAAAGAUUUAGUAGCACUUCGAAUAAGCAGCUUUCCGUCCCUGCUCAUGAUGCAAAUAGAUUUGCUGGUGAUGAUGCCUCUUCAGCUUUUACUUGUAAUCAGGGCACAGAUGAGCCAGCUCAGCAACCAAAUUUAGCGCUUGGAAAUUCAAGGACAACAACUGGAAACAUUGAUGAUGAAGCAAAUUCCUCUGCACGGUAUCAGCUUGGAAAUUCCACAACGUUUGAUGGUGUUUUGGCAGCGAGAUCUACUCAUGAUACAUCUGUUUUAGAACCACGUCAUGGUGAUGCUGACAACAAUACAGUUUCUGUGUUAAACAACACAGACUUUGGUACUGAUUCAAUAGAGGCCUCGGACAACUCAUUGCUUGCUCUCGAACGGCGAGUUGCGGAAGCUUGUGCCCUUGUUGAACGCGUUCUUCGGGAGAGGGAGGAACGAGAACAGUUUGGAAGAGAAAUAGAAAGAAAGGAACAGUUAAUAAGAGAACAGAGAGCUCGAGAAAGGCGGGAGAGAGAAGAGAGAGAAUUGCGAGAAGCUGAAAACUGGCCACAACAACAAGAGGCUAUCAACGCACGUUCACAGUGGUUAUGUGAACAUUAUCAGCGUCACUGCAGAGUGCGAUUCCCUUGUUGCACUCAAUUCUAUCCAUGCCAUCGCUGCCACAACAUCUCAAAAGCUUGUGACAAUGAAGAGGCUAAAGCUUGUCAUGCCACUCAUCUGAAGUGCUCUCACUGUCAGCAUGAACAGGAGGUAACUUUUAUUCUAACGUAAACCUAAGAUCUGUUUUCAACGUACCUUUUAGUAAGCUGCUCUUGAGAAAGGUAUUGCCUAUCCUCAGACGUUCCUGAAGCCUUGAUGAAGGUCUACCUUAAACUGUGUGAGAGUAAGGGUUACAUUAAUAACAUUGAGGUCUCCCUCAUUGAGUGUAAAUGGAGAAAGGUUUUUGAAUAACUCUCUAACGAUUAUAGAAUGCGUAGACUUGCCCACAAGUUGACUUUUUUGAGCGACCAAAGUAACUAGGAGGUAAAAAUAAACUUGAAGAAUUUUUCCUCGAAUAUUUAUCACGUUAUAUUAGGUGUUUGCGUAAGUAUAAUUACAUGUUUAAGAUAAUAGUGAUCAGGAAGCUCAUUUGAAAUUUGUAAAAUGAUCAAAAUAUUCAGGGUAUGUUUGGACUAGUAAGCCUGGUUUCCAUAUUAUCUUGAUGUAGAUCAGCGACCAGUAGGUGUUGCGUUUCAGACAUACACUUGGUACCAUUUUCCCCCUAAAAUAGUGUCAAACAAAAGCGGCAUGUUUCAGUCACUCAAAUAAAUAGGAGCAUAUUUCUGUGGAGUCUAGAUCGUCUCAAUUCGUCCGGUGUAAACAAUUUCCGAUCAUAUCGCAGAUUGCCGUAGACCGUUACAGAUUACAAUGGCAUUUUACUCCCACCAUUUACACAUUUGGUUAUACAAUAACAGAGAUUUAAAUAUAGAUUUACAGUCAACUCUUUCUUAAUGGACAUCUCUAUAUAAGACGGACACUUUCCUAAAAUGGACCCCAAAGUUGGUCCCUGCCAUUCGUUAGUCAGUUUCUUUGAAUCUCUUUAACGUGAACUCUUCUCUAAGAUGGAUAUUAGCACUGGUCGCAACAAUGUCUGUGUUAGACAGAGUCGACUGUGUUAACAUUAGGGUUAAUCACAGGUGGUGCGCAUUUUGGCUUCUUGUGUCUCUGAGUAAAGCUCUGUGAUGCCACUCCGUGAAUCUCUCAGGAAACAUCCCUGACCUUUCCAUUGCUGCUUAACUUCCUUUGUAGGCAAAAAUGUUUAAUGACCUUUUUUGUUAUAGAUUGGCGAAGACAGUGCCAAGUGCCGUAAGUGUGGAGGGAAAAUGUCUGCUUAUUUCUGUGCCAUCUGUAAACAUUUUACCAGUGUGGACAAGAAUCCCUAUCAUUGCGAAAAAUGUGGAAUAUGUCGGUGAGUAACAAUAUUGUAUUCUUUUUUGUAAAAUAACGUUUUAUGAGCGAUCCCAAACGUGACAUCUUCAAAGUCAUUCUCAAAAGCAGCUGUUGUGCAGUUUUAAAUUUUGGGUCAGACUGUGGCUUAAUUCCCUAGGCGUGGCCACUCACAUAAACCUUUUUAUCAGUAAGUAUUUGGAGUUUAAUUUUAAACUCUUACAACAAAUCAAAGUUUCCAUCAGGGCUCUUAUGGGCAACCAUGCAGUGAUCUCAGCAGAUGGUUCCACGGCAUGGUUGCCACUGGUCAGGAAAUGAUCACGGAAAAAAAAUUGUUCAAGGUGAUGCAAAAGUCAUGGAAUCUUAUUUAGAGUCAGGGAAAAUAUAACAUCACUUUUCAAAUACUAUUUAAGGCUGAAAGAUUAGAAGUAUUUGAGGUCACUUUGAUCUCAACGUUGGUUUUUUUUAAUGAACAAGACGCUCGAGUGCGUGAACUCGGCCUUCUUUUAGUUUACAAUUAUAUAGCGGGAACAUGUGCAUUAUGUAAUUAUCGCACUACAGUCCGAAUGAUAUUUCAAGGGCAUUUUGCCUGCGAAAGCCAAUUUGCCGCAAAUCGAUCACGUGAUAUUUCGCUUCAUCACGCAUGCGUUUUAAAGAGCAGACGGUGAUUUGUGGACGAAGAAAAAACUAAAAACCAAGGCCAGAACUAUACCCGUCUCUUCCUGAAAGGAAGAUAGAGUAAAAAGGAAAAUGUUAUUUUAAAAUAUAUCAGUGGGUGGAAAGGACAGUGGUAAGGGGAAGCUGGAGUCCACAACUGUCACUGCCAUAUCUUACUAUUUGUAUUUAUUUGGUCAGGGAAAUUUUGAUCUGGAAAAAGUCAGAGAAUUUGAAAAACUGAUGUUGGUGGCAUCCAUGCAGGGAGAGCAUGGGUGAUGCAGUGGUGAGAGCACUUGAUUCCACCAAAGUGGAAGUCACGCCGCAUGUUGGUUGAGUUUUUUGUUGGUUCUCUUCCUUGCCCUGAGAGGUUUUUCUUUCAGGGGUACUCCAGUUAAAUAACCAACAUCUCCAAAUUCCAAUUUUAAGCAAAAUAUGGUCCACGAAGAGCCACUUAUUCAUAAAUUUUUUAAAUUCUGGGCAGUUUCUGUCGCCCCUAAUAUCUCGACUGAAUGAAGGCUAUAGGCACGAGAAGUGAAUGGCUUCUUUCUUACUUUUCCCAACCUGUUCUGGUCCUUGUCCUACUAAACCUACGAUAUUAGCAAACUCUUGCUUUCAAUGUCCUAUCUAUUUCCCCAGUGUGGUCCAUUCCACACUGUCCCCAAUCAGUUUUGGUCCAAAAAUGUGUAACUCACCAUGACAUAAUCCCUUAAGCCCCGUGCAAACGGACGCAACAUUGUUGAAUGUUACAUGUUGCGUCCGUUUGCACACCCUGUUGGAUGUUGUUGCGCAAAGUUUGAAACCGGUCAAACUUUUCAGCCACCAACUUCCAACAUUUCUUUUGUUCCGUGAUCGCCGAAGCGUAGCGCAACAAUGUUGGAUCCGUUUGCACAGCUCUUCCAUCAUUGUUGGGGCCACGCUCGCUCAUUACGCAUGGUUUACAAAGACUUAUGGGUUGUAUCCCUCCCACAAUGCACUGUAGGUCCCAACAUUGUUGGGAGUUGUUGCAUCCGUUUGCACACCGCUGCCAACACGCACGCAACAACUCCCAAGCCAACAAUGUUGGGAGUUGUUGCGUACGUUUGCACGCAGCCUUAAGUUAAAAUCACUCACAAACUGAUAAAACCUUUUGUUCCUUUUUGUCAUGUUUAAUUAACUUAAGCGUUAUUGUUAUUUAAAUGAUGUUUUUUUUUUACCACCCAGGAUUCAUCAGGACAAAUCAUUCCACUGUGAAGUGUGUAAUGUGUGUUUGGACAAACGCCUUGAGGGAAAUCACAAGUGUCGGCCUGACUCGGGCCACGAUGAGUGCUGUAUUUGCUUGGAGGUGAGUUUUAAACUCUAUUUUCAACUUUUGUGGGGUGACAAUUGCAGAACUUUUUUCUCCUGGGUGACUGUAACGUGAUCGGUGUGAGGUUUCUCGUAGGGAAAAUGGAAAUAGCCCUUUACACCAUUAUUUGUUUAUUUAUUUUUUUAUUUACAAACUUUGCAGCAAGGCCUGGAACACUCACAGAACAAGCUUCAUUACGAAGUCCCAAAAAAUGCAUGUUCUGCGCUCUGUUUUCUAUACUUUUCCUAUUGCACUAAUGGGGAGAAUUUGUUUAACAGUCAAGAACGUUUGCUCUGUUUGAUUGCCUUUCUUAGUUUUACUGUAUGGAGAAUUCAAAUGUUUGUCACCCUUGGAGCUUGAAGGAUUCAACCACCAACUGGGAUCAAUUUUGGCGUUAAUUGUGUCAAUAACAAAAUUCUCAAAUUUGAUUGGUUCUCACGUACUCCACUCAGUCGUAUUACCAUUCCUUAUUAAACCUAAAAUGAUACCAUUCUAACACAGAUAGCCAAAUAAGAGAUAAAGUUACUUUAACUGCUAUAAAGAUGUCAUCAGUGGUGUCAUGUGUGAUCGGUCUUAUUACUACCAACACAGUAUGGUGAAAUUUUUUGAUUUCUUCCCACACAGCCCUAAGCGAUACCUGCAAAGGGAAAUAAAUAAAAUGUGCAAUUUUCAAGGUUUAAACGAGGCGACGAGUAUCCCAUCCCUUUUACAUCCUGGGAGAUGAUCUAUACUGACAUUGCUGACUUGAGAUCAUCAGUCAAAAGUGCAGAAUACAGUAGAAUUAUUUUGCUUUGACACAGAUGUUAGCAUUUUUAACUAUGUCUUCUGUGCCCAUCCCACUUGUGCAUGAUACAAUCUUACCUAUUUGCGUUGAGAAAUAUAUUUUCCUAUCUUCCUUCCAUCCAGGGAUGGGGCUGGGAACGACUGGGAAGCAGAGUGGAGGCUUGAUACUGCCUCCCUCUCUAACUAAUUAUACUCAAGUUAACUCAAAUGAUCUACUGGUAGGGCUGCUGUUCUCUGAAAAGACAGUCAAGAAUAGGCCUUUUAAGUAGAACAUAGCUGUAACAGUACACUGCCGCGUUCUCACUAAGUUUAUGUUGCUUGUAUAAUACCUUCCAUAACUUACCGCUUUCUUGUUCAUUGUUACGUAGGAUGCGUUCAGUGGAUGCCAGAUAUUGCCUUGUUCACACAAGGUUCAUCGUGAAUGUGCCAUUGCCAUGAUCCAGAAUGGCAUGUAA